AUGCGUGACACAGCAAUACGUAGCGAUCAAGGGAGUACACCAUCCUCCCCAGUAGGACCUCAAGACGAUGUAUUGGAUGAUCUUGACGGUCAGUCGGUAUCCUCCUCACCUGAACAUGCAGGAUAUACCCUGUUGGAGAAUGCUAUUGUAUCCAGUCAGAGCAGUGAUGAGGAAGAAAUAGAAAAUGGGAGUACCAUUCCUCUAGAUGAUACGGGAGUUGAUGAAGCCCUUAUGCGAGUGUUGAACUCUGAUGGGACACAUUUUGGAUCAUUCCCAGUUUCGGAGGAGCCUAAAGACGAACCAGAUGAGUCAUCACCAGCUCUGCUGUGGAAUGAACCUAGAAAGGAUGCGGAUCAACGAAUACCUCUUCCUGAUGAAAAAGCGACAGAAAUCAAGGCCUGUCUGAGCGAUUUCAAAUUGCCUGAAACAUGCUUGCCAGCAUGGGCAAAGGAAAUCCCCGAAGAUGUUUGGAUACAGCAUCUCCUCCAGCGCAUCUCUCCACAAUCAAAUGCAACUGCUUCUACAUCGAAACUGUGA